AUGCUCAACAAACUCCAAGGCCAACCGGAAUCCUACGACCGCAAAUCCAAAUACCACAUGGGCCGCACCCUCGGCGCAGGAACCUACGGCAUAGUAAAAGAAGCCGACUCACCCACGGGCAAAGUCGCCGUGAAGAUCAUCCUCAAAAAGAACGUCAAGGGUAACGACCAGAUGGUCUACGACGAGCUGGAGAUGCUGCAGCGCCUCCACCACAAACACAUCGUGCGCUUUGUCGACUGGUUCGAGAGCCGGGAUAAAUACUACAUCGUGACGCAACUGGCGACGGGCGGGGAACUCUUCGAUCGGAUCUGUGAAAAGGGCAAGUUUACGGAGAAAGAUGCUUCGCAGACGAUCCGGCAGGUGCUAGAAGCCGUGGAUUAUCUGCAUCGGAAUCAUAUCGUGCAUCGGGACCUCAAACCCGAGAAUUUGCUCUACCUCACCCGCGCCGCCGACUCAGAUCUCGUGCUAGCUGAUUUCGGAAUCGCGAAACAUUUGGAUACACCAGAUGGAGUACUGAAAACUAUGGCGGGAUCAUUCGGCUAUGCCGCACCAGAAGUCAUGCUCAAACGGGGCCAUAGCUAUCCAGUGGACAUGUGGUCGAUGGGAGUAAUAACCUACACCCUCCUGUGCGGGUACUCCCCUUUCCGCUCCGAAUCCCUUGCCGACCUAAUCGACGAGACGAAACACGGCCGCGUAGUCUUCCACGAACGAUACUGGAAAGAUGUGUCGCAGCAAGCAAAAGCCUUCAUCAUGACCCUACUCAAACCCGACGCGAAAGACCGAGCCACGAGCGCCCAGGCGUUGAAGGAUCCAUGGAUCAGUGGGGUAGGAGCGACCGAUCACAACUUGCUACCGGAGAUCAAAGCAUACAUGGCCCGAGCGAAACUGCGGCGAGGCGUGGAACUCGUGAAGUUGGCGAAUCGCAUCGAGGCGUUGAGGAUGCAGGAGGAUGAGGAGGAAGGGGUGCCGAACCAGGCAGAUAUACCGGCGAAUGCGCAAAAAGCUGCUCAGGAGGCCGUGGUGGCGCAUGCGGGGAGUGUGGGUGGUGGGAGUGGAGGUGGGCUGAAACCGCCGGGAGCAGGGGAGAUACCGCGGAAGCGGAGUUUGUCUAAAUUGGCCAAGACUGCUAUUUUCCGAGAGGUCGUGCUGGCUAAAGUGCGCGAGAUGAAGGCCGAGGAGGAGCAGAAGCGGACGAUUGAUGAGGCGACGCAUGGAAGUAAGCAUUGA